GCUCCCUCUACUGGCCCAUGUCGCCCUUCCUGUCCCCCCACCACCCCCGCGCCAGCAGCACUUUGAGCUACAACGGCACGGCGUCGGCCUACCCGAGCCACCCGAUGCCCUACAGCUCCGUGUUGACGCAGAACUCGCUGGGCAACAACCACUCCUUCUCCACGGCCAACGGGCUGAGCGUGGACCGGCUGGUCAACGGGGAGAUCCCGUACGCCACGCACCACCUGACGGCCGCCGCGCUCGCCGCCUCGGUGCCCUGCGGGCUGUCGGUGCCCUGCUCCGGGACCUACUCCCUCAACCCCUGCUCGGUCAACCUGCUCGCGGGCCAGACCAGUUACUUUUUCCCCCACGUCCCGCACCCGUCCAUGACCUCGCAGAGCAGCACGUCCAUGGGCGCCCGGGCCGCGUCCUCGUCCACGUCGCCGCAGGCGCCCUCCACGCUGCCCUGCGAGUCCCUAAGACCCUCGCUGCCGAGCUUCACGACGGGACUGUCCGGGGGACUGUCCGAUUAUUUCACACAUCAGAACCAGGGGUCUUCCUCCAACCCUUUAAUACAUUAACGUCCCCGGGACCAGACUGUAAGUGAACGUUUUACACACAUUUGCAUUGUAAAUGAUAAUUAAAAGAAAAAAUAAG